AUGGCCCCAAAUUCAAAACUAAACGCAAAGCGCAAGGCGCAAAGGGAAGCCACCAAGGCACCCAAACCGCGACCAGAACGGCGCUCGGGGGAAGAAGAGAAAAGCGAGGCGAAAGCGCUGCUGAUCCCGAUUGAACUCCAGCAGCUUUUGCUGAAUAUAUUCCGGAAUUCAUUUGCGGAGCGGCUGAGUAUUGAUUUUGGGCCUCUCUUGCAGGAAGUCAAGGGACAUUUGUUUAAUCGGGAUUUUGCGGCUGCGUUUGGCAAGGAGGAGUAUCUGGAGAUGUAUGCGGCAAGAUGGAGUCCGAGCCGGGCGUUGGGGUAUUUGGACUUGUUUUGGGAUUUGAGACGAGAGCUCGGAUUCGACCUGGAAGAAACCAUACCUGAUGCCGACGGAUCUGAUCAUGUUAAGAGUCGGAAGGUUGUAUGUUUGGGCGGCGGAGCUGGUGCGGAAAUUGUUGCUCUGGGCGGAUUGCAGAAAUUACUUGUGAGUAAGAUGGUGGAACGGAAAGAGGGGGAAGACGAGAAGGCGAUGAAUGCGGGAAAGAUGGAGGUCACGGCUAUCGAUAUUGCGGACUGGAAUGUGGUAGUGGAUAACCUGGCAAAACACCUUACGACUGCACCGACAUUGUCAAAGUACGCAUCAGCUGCUGCAAAGGCAGCAAAUGUGCCUUUUCUGGACCAAGAUCAGAUAUCGAUCGCAUUCCACCAACAGGACGUUCUCAAGGCGUCUGCAUCGGAAAUGACAUCGCAGUUAGCAGACGCAAACCUAGUCACUAUGCUCUUUACCCUCAACGAACUCUACUCCACGUCCCUCCCUCUAACCCAGAAAUUCCUCCUCCAGCUCACUUCAGUAAUGAAACCCGGAUCCCUACUUCUAGUCGUUGAUAGCCCCGGAAGCUACUCCACCGUCACGCUCAACGGAGCAGAGAAAAAGUACCCCAUGCAAUGGCUCCUCGACCAUACGCUCCUGGACCAAGCCAGCAGCAAUAAGCAUGAGAGAGGUAAAGAUGAGAUUGCGAGUUGGGAGAAGGUCAAGGAAGAUGAUAGUCGAUGGUUUAGGUUGGAUGACAGGCUGAGCUAUCCAAUUGAGCUUGAAAAUAUGCGGAUGCAGAUGCAUCUAUAUCGACGACUAUAG